GAUCACGUGCGCUCCGUCAGGGCGUCUGAUCAGAUCAUCGUUAUAUCUUUAAACUUGGAUCCACAUAAAAUCAGAAUUUCACUAAAGAAAAAAAUAUAUAUUGUGGAUUAAUGCAAAACACUCCCGCUGUAUCUUCUCAUUUAAUGUUGAACUAUUUGAUCCACUCGGUCCCAAACUUCUCAGAAGGGACCGCAAACUGCAGGGGCUCGGACCGGCGAAUGGUGAACUCUCAGCGGGCAGGACGCCACGAGGAUGCGCGCAGCUGUGCAGUGGGAAGCGUGCCGACCCGCCGCCUCCGGGCCACCGAUGUGCUGCAGUCACGGAGCGCCGCGCGCGCCGGCGACGUCCGCGUGACUUUCCGGGGACUCUGGUUAUCAGUGCGCGAGGAAGACGCGGGGCCGAAACAUCAGUCUACUCUCUGCUGCAUCUUUGUCAGCGGGUCCCCGGGCCCCGUUCAGUCAGACACGGUCGGUGAGGAAUCUGGACCCGGACCAGCAGAUUUACAGCAAGCAGGUGGAUCACCUGAAAAAGACGUUUUUUCUAUAAAGGAAAAAAAAGGGGGAAACCCACUUUGCCACCAUUAAAACCUGCUGCGAGUUCCUCCCCCUGCGGCGCUGGGCGGAGUUUCAUACCGGACUAGACGCUCCUUUUGUCGGAUUCGUUUCGACCUGAAUCCCCGGGGUUUGCAGCUAAAAAAUACCCACUUUGACGGGCCCGAAUCAGUAAAAUCGACCACGGUGGUGAUCGGUGAUCGCCAGGGUUUCUAUCUAAACCAACAGAGGAGGCGGAGCCUUCUCCAUCAGUCGCUGCAGGAUGAACGGCGGCGGCAGCGUCUCCACAGCGCAGAGCGCCAGGACCAAGGCGGACACAGAUAACUGGAGCAAGGAGGACUGCCUGACUCUGUUGGAGAGGAUCCGCAGUCUCCUGCCAGACGGAGACGCCAUGAAAUACAAAACCACAGAGUCUCACUUUGACUGGGAAAAAGUGUGUUUCGGCAGCUUCACCGGAGACAUGUGUCGGCAGAAGUGGCAGAAGGUCUCAACAGAGGUUCGGAAGUACAGAACAAUGACAGAGCUCAUUGUGGACGCCAUCGAAUUUGUCAAGAACCCGUACAAAGGGAAAAAGCUGAAGACACACCCAGAUUUCCCUAAGAAGCCCCUGACUCCAUAUUUUCGGUUCUUCAUGGAGAAAAGAGCCAAAUAUGCCAAAAUCCACCCAGAGAUGAGCAACCUGGACUUGACAAAGAUCUUGUCUAAGAAGUACAAAGAGCUCCCAGAAAAAAAGAAGCAAAAGUACAUCACAGAGUUUCAGCGGGAGAAGGAAGAGUUUGAGAAAAACAUGACGCGUUUUAAGGAAGAACAUCCAGAACUCAUCGAGGAAAGGAAGAAGUCGGACCUGCCGGAAAAACCCAAAACCCCCCAGCAGCUGUGGUACAACCAUGAAAAGAAGCUCUACAUGAAGGUCCACCCGGAGGUGAGUCAGAAGGAGCUGAAGGAGGCUCUGAGGAGGCAGUGGUCCCAGCUCUCUGACAAAAGGAGACUCAAGUGGAUUAGCAAAGCCCUGGAACUGCAGAAGGACUACAAGGGCAGCAUGAGGGCGUAUCACGAAGCUCACCCAGACGUCAACUCAGACGAUCCCGUUCGCUCCGUCCUCACCAAGGCCGAGAGACAGCUAAAAGACAAAUUUGAUGGCCGGCCGACAAAGCCUCCACCCAAUGGCUACUCUCUGUACUGCGCUGAGCUGAUGGUGAACAUGAAGGACGUCCCCAGCACAGAGCGCAUGGUGCUGUGCAGCAAACAGUGGAAGAUGAUGACGCAGAAGGAGAAGGACAUGUUCCAGAAGCGCUGCGAGCAGAAAAAGAAGCAGUACGACAUCGACCUGCAGCGGUUCCUUGAGAGUCUUCCAGAUGAAGAACGAGACAGAGUGCUGGGAGAGGAGAAGAUGGGUGGUUCCAAAGGGACCGUAGCCUCAAGCCCACAUCGAGCAAAAUCUCCAUCAGUGAAGGAGCGUACCCGUGAAGUGGAGCCAGAGUCGUGGGUACCCCCCGGACCACCCAAAGAUCGGCGGGAUGGUAAGAAGACGGUGAAGCUUCCAGAGACGCCGAAAACGGCUGAGGAGAUGUGGCAGCACAGUGUAAUUGGAGACUACCUGGCUAAAUACAGAAGCGAUCGCAGGAAGGCCCAGGUGGCGAUGGAGGCAGCCUGGAAAUCAAUGGAGAAGAAGGAGAAGAUUCCAUGGAUCAAGAAAGCAGCAGAGGACCAGAAGCGUUACGAGGUUCAGUACCGACCCGUGAGGGAGCUGUUGGAGAUGAGAUCUCCUGCAGCUGGACAGAGGAAGCCCAAGUUUGAUGGAGAACCCAAAAAACCUCCAGUGAGCGGGUAUCAGAUGUUCUCCCAGGAACUGCUGACCAAUGGGGAACUAAACCACUUCAGCUUGAAGGAGCGCAUGGUGGAGAUCGGCAAACGCUGGCAGAAGCUGAGCCAGACCCAGAAAGACAAGUACAAGAAGCAGGUGGAGGAGCAGCAGGUGGAAUACAAGGCCGAGUUGGAGGCCUGGGUCAAGUCUCUCUCUGUUCAAGAUCGAGCGGCCUACAAAGAGUUCUCCUCCUCGAAACGUCGCAGCACUACAAAAGUCCGCAGUAGUCCUGUGGCCAAAGUCCGCGUCACAGCAAAGGGGAAGGCCAGCGGAUCAAGACCCGCCCCUCCGGCUGUCACCGUCAACAAAAGGGCGAUGGCGUAUCGGGCCAAGCAGGACAUGUCCGACUCUGACGAGGAAGAGGAGAAAAGUGACUCCACAGAGUCUGAUGAUGACGACGAAACUUCAGGAAGCUCAGACAGUGAGGAUGACGAUGAGAACGAUGACGAUGAAGAGGAUGACGAUGAUCAGAGUUCGUCGGAGGAAUCCAGCGAUUCAGACUCCGACUAGCUCCACCCCGUCCCCCUCAUUGAAGAGGACAGGGUGUGCAGGCCACGCCUCCUCAGGUGCCAUUCAUCCCAGUGGAUCAAUGAGAGGUGGUGAUGUGUGAAGUGGGCGGAGCCAGAUGGAGUUUUGUUACCUGUGUUUUUUUUGUCUUUUAUCGAGUGUUUGUUGGUUUUUAUCAGGACAUUUCAGAGGGACAGAGAAAAGCUCACGGGAGCUUCCCCGUUUUUCUUUUUGGAGCGCAGUGUUGUGGGUGGGGUUUGUUGCAGGCGGGAGUCGGAGCCUGUGCGUUACCACUGAGGGAGGAGUCGGUGUUGAACCUCCACUCAGCAGUUCAAAAACUAAAUAAAUGCACUUUUUCUCA